AAAGGACUAGGGAUUAAUUUUGCCUUGAUUAUCGAGUUCUGAAAUGCAAUAAGACAUUUCGACAAUUGCUCUCGAUUCUAUUAAGUGUUGUUUGAGAACCGAAUUAGAGAGUCAAAAAUGAAUUUACAAAUCAGCAAUGGAUUCUAUCAUUUCCGCGUUCUCUUGGUGAUGAUAACAUUCAACCAAAUCAAACCAGGAUCAUUUACAGAUAAUAACUGUGCUGACAGAUUGAUUGGUGUAGAGAACAGAUAUAUCAUACCUGACAGCAGUUUUACAGCAACUUCGCAAUACUACAACACUCACUAUCCAUACCACGCUAGACUUAACAGUGACUUAAGAGGAUGGGCUGCAAAGACAAAUUCAGAUCCAAAUGACUAUCUACAGAUUGACUUUGGACUUCCUUACGUCAUCUGUGCUGUAGCAACACAGGGUAGCAGUGCUGGUGAUGAGUGGGUGACACAGUACAAGAUAAGUCUGUCCAUGGAUAAUAUAAAAUGGAAGCCUUACCAAGAGAACGGGGCACUAAAGUUUUUUGCUGGAAACACCGACAGAAGAACCAUCAAAAAACACUUCCUUUCUCAACCCUUGACGAGAUGUAUCAGAUUCAUACCUACAACGUACCAAUCCUGGAAAACAAUGAGAGUAGGGGUCUAUGGAUACUUAAAAGCUUGCGAGAACUCUCCUCUUGGCAUGGAAUCAGGAGCUAUUCAAUAUGGCAAUAUAACAGCUUCAUCUGAUGUACAUCUAGUCAAGAAUGCUAGACUACAUUACACAUCAGGCUCAUCGUGGUGUGCCUCUACAAGCGACUCUGAUCCAUAUCUACAGAUUGACUUGGGAACAUCUCAUCUUAUUUGUGCUGUGGCGACACAGGGAAAUAGCAUAGCAGACCAGUGGGUGAAGACGUACCAGAUAGAUACAUGGAACUCAGCAACAUGGACCACUUAUCAGGAGAACAAUAUUGACAGGGUAAUGUAUCAUUAGUGAUAGUAUGCUAGAUCAGUGGGUGAAGA